AUGCCAUGUUUGUUAGCCACAUGCUGCGCGCAGCAACGUCUGUCCGAAGAAGAGCAGUACGCUCAGUUGAAAAAAGAAGCUGACGCUGCAGCAGCUGAGGAAGUCGGAGCGAUUGAAGAGCGCAUGAAAGAAGAGCAGGAGAAGAUUCUGAAAGAAAUGGAGGCAAAAAGGAAUGCGUAUGACAAGAUGCUGGACAAGCUGAAGCACCGCAAAGAACUAGAAGAGAGGCGUGAAGCGCUACGCCAAGAUCAACAGCAACGGCUCAAGGCAGAGGGAAAAGGCGGUGGCUUGCAGUCACUCAUGGAGCAGUACGAAGAACACAGAAAGCUGCUUGAAGAAGCAUUAGCCGAAGAAGCUGAAAGACAACACAAAAAGGCAAGAGAACGAACCCUUCUUCGGCAAGUUGAGAGAACAGAGAGACUGCACCAGAAGCGCGUUGUAGAGAAACAACGGUUCCUCCUGAACCAAGAAGAAAUCAAGCGGCAAGAACUUGCACUUGUGAGGGCCUCUAUGCACUUCGACUGCACACAAUAUCUCACAUCAAGAACUCAGGGUGGACCAGACAGGUCUAAGCAACUUAUAAUUUGCGAAAACUCUCCAGUGCGCCGACUAACCGACUCCUGGAGUCCUGAAUUUGCUGCCAAACCAAUCACCUUUUGCUUUGCUUUUGCUGCCGCUACUAUGUUGUUUCGUGCAACUCUAGAACAACGCACGAGCAGGCGCGCAGAGCAGAAGGAACUUGGUGGAAACUUUGAAUCAACAAGAGCUGAAGAGAAGGUAUACCCACGUUUUCAUGACAGCAAGCUAGUAGCCACUUUGAAUGCUGAAUAUUGA